CAGUAACUUGGCGGUUCGCUUGAAUUAACAAACAAACCACGCAGACGCCGACAGUUAGCAAAGAUAUACGUCAUAUAAACUAAUGUCGGGUGUUAGCGGUAAAGUUAAUAUGCUGUUUAUACGUUAUGUUAUAUAAAAUAUGCGCCGUAGGCUUCAGGAAGCAGUAUGAAUACGCGGAGGAUGAGGAAGGAGGAGACCCCAGAUCAGACUCAGAGCAAAACCAAAAUAAACAGACUGAAGAGGAGCCCGAAAACAGCACAGAAAGCAGACAUUACUAACUACAGAACUCAAACAGAUUUCAAGACACCGACCCGUGUACCGAGGGCAGGUUUUAGGAGCUCCGUUACUGAAGAGUCUCCAAACAGCGAUUAUGAACUUCAGCAUGAAAUCAUCUGGGAUCCAACAUCACCCACAACUCCCAUCAGGAAUGGACGGGGUCGACGGAGGACCGCUGUUUUCAAGUCAGUGGACGUAACAGACAUCGUCAACAGAAUAGCUCCAAAGAGCAAGAAGCUCGACGAAGCAGAGUCAUCUUUGCUGCAGUGGAUUGGGGACACGGCCGUCCCCUGUACUCCGGAAGUCCGAGAGCCCAGGACCAAGCCCAAACCAGCAAGACAAAACCCUGUGGACGACCUGCUGAAGUUAGCAAAGCAGUUUGACUUCAACAUGAUCCAACAGGAGGAAGCUCAUCUCCGGCCAAACCCCCAGAGUUCUGCAGAAGUCAUAGAUGAAGACCAAGAUUUGUUUUUUAACGAGAACAGCCCACCAGCUCUUCCACAGACUACCUCUGGAACUGUGAGACCAGCAUUGAAUGUGGAGGACACCAAAAAGAACAGUGAAGAUCCUCUGGAUGAUCUGGAUCUCAUGCCAGAAAUGGAAGAUGAUCUUGAUUUGCUCUUUGAGGGUUCGACGCAGCAGCUCAGUGGUGGCCUGAGCCAGAGUUUCGGGACUCGUUCUCAGGAUGUGGGUAAAGUUCCUCCACAGUUUGGAGCUGACUCAGUAGUAGACCCGGUCACUCAAAUGUGCGGAGUUUCAAAAUCAAGAACCAUUCGCACAUGUGUGGGUGAACCAAUAGUCAGCAUGGUCAAGCAGGUCGGAGCGGCUGAUGAUUUUGAUGAUGACUGGAACGACAAUGAUUUGCUGGACAACUCGCUGGUGAUGGAGAUGACGCAAAACCCGGAGCUGUUCUCCGCACCUCAGCACAGCUCGACACAGAAACAGACGAACAAAAACAACUCAGGAAAUACCGUGUACCGUCAGAACGGUUAUAAGGACGCAAAGUCUCGAGAAGCACAACCUUUGAAUCAGAGACUCGAAAGUUUUCAGAGUAGCCAACAUCUGGACAAGCCUCGAGGAAAUGAGAACACUAGGCAAAAUCAAUUUCCUUUAAAACCCAAUUCAGAAAUGCAUGUUUUUCCUUUCAGCAAAGUUCCCUCAGUGGUUUUUGACUCCUGUAGUGUCUCUAAAACCAGUUCUCAACAGAAGGAAACAAUGAAAAUCCAGCGACUGCUAGCGGCCACUAACGCAAAGUCUGCAUGGAAAGUCCAAUCUACGACUGCAAACUCAUUUGUCUCCAGAUCUGACCCCUUUAAAACUAGUCCUCCAGCCACCAUCAUGACUAUUUCCAGUUUCAGGAACAAUAACGUCACUGAGGAGAAGGAAAACCACCCGACCAUAGAGGAGGAUGCCCUCUGUGACCUCGCAGUCGAGGACCUGGACUCCAUCUUUGCCUCGGAUGACAUCUGGGACGACGGGGUGGAUGACGAUGACCUGUUCUGUGAAGCAUGCGAGAAGGUCGAAGAAUCCAUGACCGAACCGGAACCUCUUCCAAAAGCGCCCGUAUCAAGACCGACACCACGGAACAGUCAUGGCCCGAGUAGUCAGAACGCCGCGGCUAACCGCCAGAGCACGUUUGCGAAUCGGUUCCCGUACGACACUCGGAUUCAUUCCCACAACGCUACUGGGAACCGAGCGCCAACGAGUACCGGAGUUCCUACUACAGCAUGUAAUAAAAGCACCUCAGCACCAGGGAACAGCAUGAUGACGACGCCAGCUGAGAGAACGUACAAAUUUAGCCAUAUUAAAAGCACUACAGAAUCAGGAGGUUCAGCCAAUAACACAGCUGGACAGAUCAACGAGAGCGUCAUGGCAACCACCAACCAAUCACUCCAAAGAAUUCAAGAUGACCAUCAGUUCAAAAAGCCUUACAGCACCUUUAACGUUGCACCAGCAGUCUCCAAAGAUGUGAGGAAAGCGGCGGUGACGAGAUGCAGUGACGCGGAGAUCGAGAGGAAGAAGCAGCAGGCUAUGGAGAGACGGAGACUCAAAAUGCUGGCCAAUCAGAACCUUCAGGCUCCUGUAUGAGCUACAUUACAUAAUCCCAAAGAUGAAUAAAACUGGCCUGGUCAUGGUGGCAGGUCAAAACUGCACAACAAUGCUGAGCACUUGUUUGCCCCGUCUGAGGAUGGACUGUAUCUUUGCCUGGUCGGUGUCAGCAGGGGCUUGUCAUCUGAAUGAUAUCUGCUCCAGACCUCAGAAGUCCACACUGUAGAUACAGAAAAUCAGGGGACAUUUGGAAAUUUUCAGCACGUCUGUCUGUCUGGAGCUUUUGAAUGGUUUCAGUGUUUGGAUGAAAACGUUCUUCACUGUAUUUAAGUCAUGAUUUGACCUUCAGUUAUAUUCAUGUUGAAAGUUGUCUUAAAUUCUUUUUACAUUUUUUUUAUUUGUGUUGUAGAAAUGUUUUAUUUUUGUUGUACAGCUGAAAAAGAGAUUAAACCCUCCAAAUUCACUCUUAGCAAAGUGGAUAAUAUUUUAAUGUUUUAUGUUCAUUCUAUUAAAAUGAUCAGUUAAACUUUUCUCCCAGAUACAGCACUUAUUAAACACCUAAAUUGCAGUUAAA